GCGAUGCCCAACAAGCACAGGUAACCUACUCAGCAGACAAAUACUGCAUUCUUGUGCUCUCUUCCAAUUUGAAAUUUGCCAGGAAAGUCCCUCUCGCUCUCGCGACCAGAAGGCUUUGCUCAUCUCACUCGAAUUUUGCUCUGGGCUGUUACUCUCGGAUGGGACCAUGGCCCCUAGGCCACAGCGGCAACGCCCAAAGAUAAGCUGGUGGACGCGAAUGAAAUGGCGAUUGCGAUCCAUGGAGAGCCCACUGGUUCUUCGAGGAACUGUUAAACGUCUUCGUCUCCACAGGUGGCCAUAUCUUGCUCUCCUUCGCCUAUGUCUACCGACUACCUCCUUAUCCUGGUCAUACGCUGUACCUGAACCCCUCCCUCCUCUAUCCCUCGUCAACGAUCCACCGCUGUGUUGGAAACGUCGAUGUGAAGGCGAUAUAAAAAAUUUGCAAGCAAUUCCCAUCUGGCGCUCUCGCGAUACACCUCUCCGCUCGCUUUAUCGUCUCUAUGAGGCAGUGAUGGGGGGAGAUGAAAUGCUGCCCGUCGUUGGAUACGAGACUGAAUACUUCUUUUACCAAGGCCGACGGGCAUGGGAACUACACCGUAUUCCUGAUCCAUGUGAUCCUGAUCCUAUUCGCUACGCGAUCCUUGCUUGUAUAGUCGAAUCGUUGCUACAUGCUAUCAACUGGCGCUUGAGCAUCGGACUAAGGAGGAAUGGUAAGCACAUUCCACCAACAAAUUAUGAUGGUGUGAACAAUCCAUACGCUCCAUAUGACCCCGUGUCUUUACCAGCAUGGACACAACGUGUUCCGCCUGUUGAUAAGCAAUAUAUUGCAAAAGUUAUGCCCGAGAGAAUGAUUGAUCCGAGAGGAAGGCUGGUGCUACAUACAGAUGCGGAGAGCGACAUCUUCGAAAAGAGAAAUAUAGUCGCAUCGGAGCAUAAAUUCUGGACCAUUUAGCUCCUGUGUAUAUUUUGGUACCUGUUCAGCCUCUUAAUCCAACGACAAGUAUUAUAUUCCGCCCAUUUCUGCCCCUUUGUGCCAGCAUCUCGUAUUAUAAGGUCGGCUACCAAAAGAUGAAAGCACUAUGAAAGAAGGAGAUGCCUAAAGAAGACACCUACAACCAUAGGGUGUUGAAGACAAGGCUUUCAAUCCACCAAGCUGUGCUUAAAGCUGCGUCCUCGGCCGGGAGCGUAUUGUUUUCGAGACUGCUAGCUCUGUUGGUGUUUUGAAAAGUCCAUCAGCCCCUCUGCUCAAGCUGAGAGAUGGAUUUCAAUAAAAUCAUAUAUCGGA